UCCAAUCAGGAGGAAAUGUAAAAUUUAUGGUUGGUGAUGCAGAAACGAAAACUCUAAUGACUCACUCUACCCGCAAUCUUUUAUUUGCCUUGGCACUCGUCUCUAUCCAUCUCAAGUUUAAAACGCCAAAAUAAAGGGGAAAAGAGUGAUAAUUAGUUUGGCAAGUGAAAUGAAAAUGACGCCUCUGGCUCUGACUCUUCCUGCUCCGCAAACUGUGAUGGUAUCUUCAUCUCCUAUUUACCUUCUUCCAACAUCUUCACUGCAAAAUCGAACAUCUUUCCGCGCCUUUUGCUCCUCUGUCUCUCCCGAAACGAUACACAGUGAAGGUUCAAAGGCUGAGUAUAAGCCAGGAAUCUUGGACCAUUUUUUCCUGAAUUCCUUUCGUGACAAAUUGGUAAAGGAAGUUGGAUGGGAUUCGGAGAAGCCUGGAUAUGGUGGACUUAUUGAAUUGGCGAAAGCCCUCAUGAUGAACAGCAGAAGCAAUUCUCACACCAAAGAUGCUGCGGUUCGAAUAUUGAAGUCACUGUUUCCGCCAUUAUUGUUAGAGCUUUACAAAAUCCUUAUAGCUCCUAUAGAUGGAGGGAGGGUCGCUGCAAUGAUGAUUGCAAGGGUGACUGUGCUUACCUGUCAGUGGCUUAUGGGCACAUGCAAGGUUAAUUCUGUGGAUCUUCCUGAUGGAACCUCUUGCAAUAGCGGGGUUUUUGUAGAGAGAUGCAAGUACUUAGAGGAAAGUAAGUGCGUAGGGAUUUGUAUCAAUACUUGUAAGCUUCCAACACAGAGUUUCUUCAAGGACUACAUGGGGGUCCCUCUGCUGAUGGAGCCUAACUUCUGCGAUUAUAGCUGUCAGUUCAAAUUUGGGGUUAGCCCACCAUUGCCGGAGAAUGAUGACACCCUAAAAGAGCCCUGCCUGGAUGUAUGCCCAAUUGCUAAUAAACGACGUGAAAUUCGAAGAAACGUGGAUGUGAUGAAAUGUCCAAAGGCAUAACAUCUUGAUUUAGGCUUCCAACCUACCCUAAUGUGGGUGUGUACGAAUUGUUGAUAUAUAAAGAUUUCUCUAUAGCUGAACUCCCCUGCAACUAUCUCUCCCUUAAUCGUUUAUGGGAUAAAAUCAAAAUCUUAUUGCUAGGACAAGUUACCAUGUGCUUAUCAAUAUUUGCCGGCUUAUUUGACAGCCAAUAACGAGCCUCACCAGUGUGCUGUACCUUUACAAUUGAAGCAACGAUGAAUUGAGCAUUUCCCAGCCA